AUGACAGAAGAAUCUCAGUGCUGCUGCAUUAAAGGUAAAACCCUGUGUCACAUGUUUGAGUGGUUCCUCAAACUCCAACCAGAGGAAGUCCUCAGAGACCAGAGGAAGUCCUCAGAGACCAGAGGAAGACCUCACAGAGCAGAGGAAGUCCUCACAGAGCAGAGGAAGUCCUCACAGACCAGAGGAAGUCCUCACAGAGCAGAGGAAGUCCUCACAGAGCAGAGGAAGUCCUCACAGAGCAGAGGAAGUCCUCACAGAACAGAGGAAGUCCUCAGAGACCAGAGGAAGUCAAACAUCUCUGUGGUCUUCACCUCAGUGUUGUGUUCUCUGAGGAUGAGUCUGUGA